CAUUCGGUGGGACGGCAUCAGUAGUGAAGUGUGAGACAAGUCUGCUGUAGCACAAUGAUCAGAAGACUGGCUGCUUUGAUUCUGCUUAGUACAACAUCCCUGAUUCAGACUGCAGAGGUUCCUCAUCUGGUCUCUUUGACUGAGAUUGAACUUGGUGGCGAUGCUUCUUUUUACUGUCCAGUCUCUGCAAAAGAAUCAAGAUUUUUUCAGUGGUGUAAGCAGCCUCUUGGAAAAAUGGUCCAAACUGUUGCAUCAGGAGUUUAUAAGCAAAUAAAACUGAUUGAACCAUUUAACAGCUCACGUUUCCGAGUCAAUAAAACAGAUGAUCAUCGUGUCCUCACCAUCAGACGUAAAGAAAGAGGAUGAAGGAACUUACCUCUGUCAAGCAGGAACAGAGAUUCAACAGACUUUUAUCAUGGGAUCCUUCUUGGCUGUGAAGGAUCAUAAUCAGCAGCUGUCGGUUUAUGUGAAACAAACUCCAGAGACAGCGUCCGUCCAGCUGGGAGCCUCAGUGACUCUCCAGUGUUCACUUCUCUCCAGGAGCAAUGAAAGUGGAGUCCAGUGUCCAGGUGAACACAGGGUCCACUGGUUCAGAACUGGAUCAGGAGGAUUUCAUCCAAGUGUAAUUUACACUCAAAGCAACACCACUGAUGAAGGUGCGGGGAGGAGCUGUGUAUAUCACCUGUCAAAAACUAUACGGAACUUCUCUGAUGCUGGGACUUACUACUGUGCUCUGGUCACAUGUGGACAGAUACUGUUUGGUGAAGGAACUAAAGUGGAAUCAGGAACCCAAUCCGACCCUGUUGUUUUUGUGCUUGGAGGACUGUUGGUCUGCUGUGUGACGGUGAUCGUUGGCUUUAUUUGCUGCACAAAUCAAACGAGACAAGGAGAAACAAACACCUCCCAUCAUCUUGGACAUAACAGGUCAACUGCUAAUAAUGAUUUGGAUGGUGAAGCAAAGGUAAUGAAUUAUGGAGCCCUGGAUUUCUCUACAACCAGAAUGAAACAAGGAAAGACGAAUGUGGAGGGACGAGAAUACACAGAGUGUAUGUACUUUGUUGUCAGAGUGGAUCACUGAAACCAGCAGCACCCUAAGUCUAAUACUUUCAUUUGUUAGUCAUAAUGCAUCUAUGUAUAAUUUACCAAAAUCUGAGGCCUUCAGUUUUAUUUGUGUAGCAGCAUCUAAUGUCCCUUCC